UCACUCCAUAUUCACAUUAUCCCACAUUGCUCCAAACGAGGAGGAGCUUGUCGGCUCAAGUAGAGGAUGCCAAUCAAAGCUUCAACUUCAAAUUGUAUCUGAGAGAUCAGCCUGGAGACCUCAGGGCCUGGCCCGUCAGUCUGUGCGCAAUUGGUGAUCACAUCACAUCCAAGCGGACUUUUGCGCAACCCCCAAAAAACCAGAGAGAGGAAGCCGAGAUUUAAAAAGAGCGAAGUGUUUCCUCUGCGUGUCAGCCUCAGCAGCUCUCGCUUUUUUUUUUUUUUUUUUCAUCCCUGGGUUUGUUGUUUGUUUCCACUUUUUUUAAAUAGAUUGUGGACGCUCCGAGUUGUGCGUCAACCCGGCGGUGGAACAUGUCUUUCCCACAGCUAGGCUACCCGCAGUACUUAAGCGCCUCGCAGGCGGUGUACGGGAGCGAGAGGCCGGGAGUGCUGACGCCUUCUUCCCGUGGAGGGAGCACCGAAAUCGGAGGCAGUCCGACAGCCACCGCGGCGGCGGUCACGUCCGUGCUGGGCAUGUACGCCAACCCGUACGCGCACAACUACAGUGCAUUCUUACCUUACACCAGCGCGGACCUGGCACUUUUCUCACAAAUGGGAUCCCAAUACGACCUGAAGGACAGUCCUGGCGUGCAUCCUGCCAGCUUCGCGGCCCACACCUCCCCUGCCUUCUACCCGUACGGCCAGUUCCAGUACGGGGACCCGGCCAGGCCCAAGAACGCCACCCGGGAGAGCACCAGCACCCUCAAGGCCUGGCUCAACGAGCACAGGAAGAACCCUUACCCCACCAAAGGCGAGAAGAUCAUGCUGGCCAUCAUCACCAAGAUGACCCUGACCCAGGUCUCCACCUGGUUCGCCAACGCCAGGCGGAGGCUGAAGAAGGAGAACAAGGUGACGUGGGGCAGCAGGAGCAAGGAGGACGGCGAGGACGGCAACUUGUUCGGCAGCGGGGACGAGGCCGAGAAGAACGAGGACGACGAGGAGAUCGACCUGGAGAGCAUAGACAUCGACAAAAUCGACGAUAACGACGGGGAUCAGAGCAACGAAGACGACGACGAUAAGUCCACGGAGGGGGGCCAGGGGGGCGGCGCGGGGGAGCUGCAGGACGCGUUGGAGAAAAGACAGGCCUUCACCCUGCAGGCCCAGGAGGCCUUGGACAAAACCAAGAGCGCCAUUUCCGCCCACGCAGGCUGCAAAUUAGAAAGCCCCAACAACACCACCAGAGUUUUGUCCCCACCUGGAGGCUUCCCCUUGCCCUCCAGCAAUAAACCCAAAAUUUGGUCCUUGGCAGAAACCGCCACCACGCCGGACUCAGCAUCCCAGAAACCCACCUCCCCCUCGGGUCCGCAAAUCCAGACCCACCCGGCCUUCCUCCCCAGCCACGGACUGUACACCUGCCAGAUUGGAAAGUUCCACAACUGGACGAACGGAGCUUUUCUGGGUCAGAACUCCCUGCUGAACGUGAGGUCCUUCCUGCAGGGGAACCAUCAUCACCACCACCACCACCAUCAUCAGAACCAGAACCAGCACUUGCAGGCGGCCCGAGAGCAGCAGCCCACGCCGACGUCAGUGGUGGUGUCCCCGGCUGCAGCUGCGGUGGCCCUCGGCCACGACAGCAAGACCCCCAUGGACAGCCCCAAACACAUAGAACACGAAAAUGGUCUAAGAUGUGAUUCUCCUCCAACACCCACCCUCAAGCCUUCUUUUCGACCAAUCCAUGACAGAUCAUCUCUGCCUUCCAGGGCAAGGAGUCCACAAGACGCCACACAACUGGUCCUCACUGCGCUCUCUUCGGCUUAAUUAUUUGUUCUUUUUUUUAUUUUUAUUUUUUUUGGUGUUUGAAAAAAACAAACACAAAAAGACUGUACACCCCCUAAUAAGGACAAUGAACAAUUAUGACGCAGCCUUUGCAGCUUGAACAGAGCAAAUGGCGUUAUUUGGUAAUAUCCUGUGGAUGGAUGGAUUAUUCCACUAUUGUUGUGAAGACCAUUAAUCGCGCCUAUAAUGUUAAUCUAUCUCUCUACCCCUAUGCCCACGCAGAUUGGGGCAUUUUUGGUGGGCUUUUUCUUUUGUUAUUAUUAUUAUUAUUAUUAUUAUUAUUAUUAUUAUUAUUAUUAUUAUUAUUAUUAUUAUACCUUGUGUUUGGUGUAUUUUCUUUAAUGUAAAUAUCAUGUGAUUUAAAUUUGUAAAUAGGAAACGUUGAAGGAGUUUGUCCAGAUCGUAUAU